ACUAUUUAUCAAACAUGGCGACCGAGGACGGCCAGAUUGAAAUCAUCGCUGGGACAGACGACAGAACUCUCGUACCCAUUCCAUGUGGGGACCGGAAGUACAUGAAUGUGCUGGAGAGGGAUUUUUUGAACUGUUUCUUUACUUCAGUUUUGUUAUACGUCAAUCCUUUGACUCUUAUUCGCCGUCUCUGUGAAAAAGACCAUGUUUCCAAGGAGUGUUUGGAGUUAGUCGAAGCAAAACAGGAAAAUUCCCCUUUUCAGUUUUCGUAUGAAAUCUUGGCAAACGAAGUUGCGAAACGCAACUCUUUGAGGAGUUUUGUGUUUGCAUUGUAUUCUCUUCAAUAUACGCAGUUAGCAAAUGAUUUAAUCGGGUUCUACAAAGAGUACACUCGAACAAAACGUGUACAAGAAGUAGUACGUGCUACAGUCGGUGAUAGGAGAGCAAUACAGCAAUACUUUAAAUUCAUCAAAAAGCAAGUUCACGAAUUCACGUUCAAAAACCCUCAAGCCGAUUUGUCCGUCAUCGGUGCACGUAUAAGACAACGUAUAGAACUGGAGAAGAACGAUGGCAGACGACAAAACAUGUAUGACCGGUACAUUGCUCUGAAAGCUGCAGAAAUUGAUGCCCUGACCAACAGAACAGACGACAUCGAUCCUUAUGGAGGGGCUUUCUCAGACAUCGAGGAGGUUCUGGAUAGGAGCAGCAAUCCUGGUAUAUCCCGAGUCCUUCUGUAUGUACGGAAGGCUGACGUCUUGUCUUCGCUUGGGAGACAAGAAGAAGGACGAUGCAUGCUGAAAGCGGGGUUCACGUACGCAAAUGCAACCGAUACAUGCAUCGAAUCAGUAGACAUGGUAUAUAAAAGUGUUGUUUUCCGCCUUUCUGAACUUGAAGAAGACCCGUCCAAUUUGCUACUAAAGGAACAAUUGUUAGCCGAGGCAAGCCGGGGCCUUCAUGAACUCAACGAAGAAAAUGAGGAUGUAAAAACAUUCUGGAAGAGGCUCUUUGUGUUGAGAAUGAUCUAUUGUCAUCUAGGUAUCGGAAAACGCUGCAGAAUCUUUCCAAAUUUUGAAAUCUCCAAACAAUCCUUGAUGGAGGCUGAAAGACUGCUUUCUGUAGAUUCUCUUGAGGAUUUGGAACAUCGCCGCCAAAUGAUGUAUGGUGUUGCCAGAGCUCGUCUGCAGGAGCUCCAAGGAGAUUUGUCGUCUGCUGUGGAGACGCUAUCUCGAGUGCUGGAAAUUGCCAAAGAGGGAAAGUACACGGAAAUGCCUAUGAUUAGUGAUUAUCUAUCGUGUCUUUAUCAAAAACAUCAACAAAUUUAAAAACAUUAAGAUAUACAUGUGGACAUGAAAACAUAUUUCGUCUUGUUCUUUUAAAAUUGUACAAGAAUACAUGUUGUAUGUCUCACUUUGGUUGUUAAUACAUUUAUAAUCUGUCCCAAGAUAUUUAUGCUGCACAUUUGGACAAUUUUUAAUAAAAAUACACUUGCCUGUGAAAGAAGUGCAAUUGAAAUAGUUGAAAGGGAUAUUUUCCAAGAUAAUUUCAUUGACACAUUAUCAUCUUUCACUCGGAAAAAUUCACAGGAACGAAAACAGAUUCCUUACGGAGAUUUAUAAUGGGGAAUGUUUACAUCUUUUCUCCAUUCGGAAUACACUCGCGCAAUAUUUCAACGUUAUCAUCCGGCCAUGCACGGGCUUGCUGGAAUGCAAAAUCUCCGUAGGCAUCACAUUUUUUGGCAUUGUAUUGAAAUCUGAUAAGCUAACAGGGGCGUUUUAACUGAGAAAUCUUGGAAAUUUUUCAUACUUUUGAAUGAACAUCGUUUAAAUCCUGAGGUAUUUAUA